UCAAUAUCACCAAACCUACCUAGUAGUGUAUAGUGUAUACUGUAUACUCUACUCCCUACUGCAAAUAACCCAUCAUAUCACUCAACCUUCAACCUUCACUUUAUUUCUCUAAACACAAAUUAAUUAAACCUCAUUUCAUCACAUGGACCAAGCACUGAGCCGUCUCAACGGCAUGCCACCCCUUUCCGAACCACCUCCCAACAACCCCAGAACCAAGCAGACCUCCCGAGACACCAGCACUGCCCCCACUGCCGGACCCAUGAGGUACCGCGGCGUCAGGCGGAGGCCAUGGGGCCGUUAUGCCGCCGAGAUAAGGGACCCGCAGUCCAAGGAGCGCCGUUGGCUGGGGACUUUCGACACUGCGGAGGAAGCCGCCUGCGCCUACGACUGCGCCGCCCGAGCCAUGCGUGGCCAUAAGGCAACAACCAACUUCGUGUACCAUACUUUACCUUCUUACCCUUCUUCCAUCACCAUCACCAACAACCAUAGCAAUCUCCUUAACUGCCAUAACCACUUCAGCUUCCCUUGUCAUCAUAACCAACUCUUCAACGGCCAUAAACGCCACUUCGGGGUUUGGUCUGACCCUUUCUCUGCUUCAACCUUUCAGGAACAGCGAAACCUUGACUCCAUCAACAUGCUUCUCCACCGAGACUUAGUAGCCUCUUCUUCCUCCGACAAUUUAUCCUACAACACGGGCAGUUUUGUCAAUUCACAUCCUGACACGAGCAAUCUCGGUUGUGGCGGUGGAAGCAAUAAGACCGAUAAUACUAACAAUAAUGAAGCUGACGGUGGUGGUGAAGAAGACUCAAAGGAGCAAUUCUAUGAAGGUUCAGGGUCGUCAGGGUUGUUGGAAGAAAUAGUUAAGGGUUUCUUGAAGAAAAAGCCAAAGCUCAACAAAUGUGAGAGAUUGUUAGGUACCAGGACCACUGCUUCAGACGGUUCUUGCCACUCACCAUUUCCUCUUCGUCCUCUUCCUCUGGUUGUUUUCCCCGAGGAGUCGAAGAAAGACGAGGGUUUCGGCGUUCAUUCAGAUCAACAGGGUUUCCAAUACAUGCAGCAGCUUGGUGGCGGUUUCAAUAAUAAUGGCUUUAGCAAUAUGGUUAUGCUGCCUAACAUGAUGAUGAAUAACGAUAAUAAUCAUGCAGAAGUAGAGUGCUCUAUCGUAGAAAACCUUUUUCGGGAUGCAUAAUUCUGAAAUUACUUCGAUUUAUGGCGUGCUUGUGUUGUCUCAAUUUAACUUUGUAGCUUCUGUUGCUUGUAUUGUGCAUCAAUUUGGUUAUAUUAUAUUUUGGUUUCGUUUAUCUUUUGCUGCUUUUUUAGGGUUUCAAACUCAUCACUAUGUAAUGGAUCUGCUGGUGCCUCCUCGAUUUGUGAAAUCCGUC